AUGUCUGAAUCUGUAGCAGCAGAGCAUGAUUACAUAGGUUUGUCAGAGUUUCCAACCAUGGAGCCAACAACAAUGUCUGACAAAACCAAAACCAGAGACAACAACAACAACAGCAACAACGACGACGACGACUGUCUGAAUUUCAAGGCCACCGAGUUGAGACUCGGUUUACCCGGUUCCGAGUCACCGGGCCGAGUCGACCCGAGAUUCUUGUCUCUCAAGAGCUCAGGUGCCAAAAGAGUAUUUUCCGAUGCCAUUAACGAGUCCAACAAAUGGGUCUUCUCUCCUGGAUCCAUUACCGCUACUGGUGAUGUCGGGUCCGGUGGCUCCGCCGUGAAAGACUCUAAACCGGUCGUUCCGGUUAAGGAGAAGAAGAGCUCUGCAGCAGCUCCAGCUGCAAAGGCACAAGUGGUGGGUUGGCCACCGAUAAGAUCAUUCAGGAAGAACACAAUGGCUUCUUCUCAAUCUCAGAAACAAGGUGGUGGUGACAAUCAUAACAACUCAGAGACUGAAGCAGAAGCAAAGUCUGGACCAGAGCCUUGCUUGUAUGUCAAAGUGAGUAUGGAAGGUGCUCCUUACUUGAGGAAAAUCGAUCUCAAGACUUACAAGAGCUACGUCGAGCUCUCUUCUGCUCUCGAGAAGAUGUUCAGUUGCUUCACUAUUGGUCAGUUUGGGUCUCAUGGAGGGUGUGGCCGGGAUGGGUUAAACGAGAGUCGCUUGACCGAUCUCUUGCGUGGUUCGGAGUAUGUUGUGACCUAUGAAGAUAAAGACAGUGACUGGAUGUUGGUCGGUGAUGUCCCUUGGGAAAUGUUUAUAGGUUCCUGCAAGAAGCUGAGAAUCAUGAAGAGCUCUGAGGCUAUUGGCCUAGCUCCAAGGGUGAUGGAAAAAUGCAGAAGCAGGAACUAG